AUGGCGAGUGGUCAUGACCUGUACGAGGAUGAGGAGACACAGAGAAUGGUAAGUGAAAUGGUUUUAAAAAGUUUAUAGAGCUAUAAUAUAUAGUUAAAAUCUUUUUAUGACAGCAGUUAACUAAUUGAUUUUGAAAAAUAAAAAACUAUUUUUUUUUUAUUACAGAUUGACGAUUUUUACAGAGACGGCGAAGUGCAGCAGUUGAGGCUACAAACCCACUGGGCUGGGACCCUCUAGUCGAAAAUGAUCGUGAUGCAUCUGUGAGCACAGCAACACCCAGUGUUCCUUCAAGGAUUGGAACAUCUGAGUGGUGCCUUUGCGGAAAUUGUGUGCCAAUGCCGACAGAAGAAGAAAAUGUCUGCUGCAGGGAGAUAGAGAAAAUGCAGGAAAUGAUUGCUGCAGACAAGUCCUGCAUUUCUCAAUUAGAGUACCUGGAGCAGGAUAUUGUGAGUAGGGAACACAUCCUGUGUCUCUACCGGUUUGGUGCGAGCUUUGGGAAUCGGAGGAUAAAGUCACCAGAAGAAAUGCUGUAA